AUAUUGCAUCCGUGGAAGGUUUGGCUGUCAUGCUAAUUUAUCUCUGAAAGGUACUUAUUUGUAUGUCCCUGGGUCUUUGAUUUUCUGGUAUUUUUCUUUUGCUUUUUUCGGAUUUAUAGCGCGGUUCUUUAAAAUAGUGGCCCUUCUUGGUCGACAAAUGCUGACCUUUUUAAAAGGCAACUAUGCUAAACGCCACGGUGUCAGGGCAGGUUGCUACCGAUGGGAAUUUGAAUUUAACAAUUUUGGACAGUCAGAGGCUUUUGGAGAUGUCUCACCGACCCAUAAAAAUAGGUAUAAUAUCAGUAUUGGGGAUUAUGAUCACACUAGGAAACAUGGCUGUCAUAUCGGUAAUAGCUUCCUCGGUUGCCGGCUGGUCAAAAAACUCACGGUACUUCCUGCUAUCCCUCACCGGAGCCGACGCAGCAUUCGGACUGGUUGUCAUGCCUCUGAAUCUCUGUGUGAGUCUCGUGAAGGACUACAGCGAUGGGCCUGAUCCAUUCUGUCACGUCGUAGCAUUUUUCAACUCCACGAUUUAUGCAACUUGCAUGUACACUCUUGCCACCAUAAGCCUGGAAAGAUACGUGGCGGUGUUUAACCCACUGAAGUACUCAGCCAUGAUGACAAGAAGAAGGACGCUGCUCUUGAUAGCGUUCGCCUGGGUGUUCCCACCUGUUCUGCUUUUACCAAUCUCUUUACCCGAUGGGAUUAUCAAAGUGCACUUCUCCACGGCCUCUUUGGUCUGCAAUCCCUCUUAUUCCAGUAACGUCAUAUAUUCGUUGACUUUAACUGCCUUCAUAUUUUUCCCUUGUUCGACCGUCAUGACCUACGCAAAUCUUCGGUUGUGGUUUGCAGCGAAGAAACAGAGGUUAAAACUUCAAAAGCAUAACAUGGGUGGCCGCAACAGACCUGACGUUGCCUCUCGUGUUCUCAUUCCCGUUAUGACCGUAUACUACACAUGCUGGACGCCUUGCAUGGUGACCAUCUUGUACAAUGCCAUCUCAGGUAACAGAGUGCCAGAGUGGAUGGAGUUUGUGGCUGUGUGGCUGCCCACAGCCAACGGCUUCCUGAACUGCAUCUUCUACUUCUGGAUCAACCGAAGCUUCCGCCGGAAGUUCCGCCUUGUGGUCCAGAGGCUCUGCCUGGCGCUGUGCCCGGCGAUCAGCCGGAGGCUGGGGUGCUCGGCGCCCAUAACGGUGCACGUGGUGGCCGGGGUCUGGGACAACAAUAACUCCAUCCAGGAGCGAACCUCCAGCGUGUCGUCCACGUGUACCUUGCUAACCCUCGUAGCUGAAACUCACAUGUGAAAACAAAGAACCAGCACACCCUGCAGCUCCCCAGGACCUGGGUUGGCCACCCGUGGACUAGACUGUGGCCCCUUCCCCACCAGCUCUCUUCUUAACAGUCUUGACACUGGGCGACGGAUCCUUGGAGUGGUCGUGGAAGGGGGCGGAGAACAGAGCUGUGGUGAGGUCACUGUCCUGUCCGCUGGCUGGAUGGAAGCGAUCUUCACAGGACGCCGCAGUGAUCUGUGCAUGGCUCGUGUUCCACCUUCAGACAUUUUGUAGUAAUCAGGAAAAAUGGACUGUGUGUGUGUGUGCGUGUGCGUGUGCGUGUG